CUAUACCUAUAUAAAACUAUUAUUAGGACACCCUUUUAGGGACUUAGUAUAACACAAAGUACGAUUCGUUAUAAAAGGUUACGAACAGGUCUAUAGUCUAGACUAUAAAGAAACCUUCGCUAGAGUAAUUAAACAAUCCUUAUACAAAAUGCUCUUUACUAUUACUACUUAACGAGGCUGGGAAAUUCAUUAGAUAGAUGUGAAAACAGCCUUCCUUUAUAGAACGAUUAAUAAAGACAUAUAUAUUAAACUACUAGAAGGAUUCCCGGAAGCCUUAGGCAAGGUACUUAAACUCCGGAAAUCUAUGUAUAGCCUAAAACAAGCCCUACGUUAGUAGUAUCUUCGACUAUCUCAGUUACUAGAAAAGAACGGAUAGAGGGCAUCCGCCUUCGAUAACUUACUCUUUAUUUAUAGUCGACGAAAACUGUAUCUAACAGUAUAUGUAGAUAAUAUUAAUAUCUUCGGGUUAGAUUAACGAGCAAUCUAAGAGACAAAAGAUAAACUUAGAAGCGACUUCGACAUAACGGAUCUAGGACAAUAUAUAUACUACCUCGGAAUGUACGUAUAGAUUACGCCUUAAGGAACAUAUCUCUAUUAAGUAAGCUAUACUUAACAGAUACUUAACAAGUAUAGCCUAAAUAACCUGAAACCUGUUACUACUCUAGUAGACCUUAUAGUCCUAAAGUUAACUAACUCUAAGUAUAAGGUAGCGGAUUAAAGAACGAUAGUAAGGUACUAGGCAAUAGUAGGAUCGCUUAACUAUCUGUCUACUAUAUCGCGGCCUAAUAUCUCGUACGUAGUAGGUACGCUAGCGCGGUAUAUAAUCAAUCCGAGUAAUUAAUACGUUAAGGCGGCGAUAAGAGUUUUUAUAUAUAUCGUAGGAAGCAAGUACAUAGGGUUGUUCUACCUAGCUAGAACCCGACUUCAAUCUACUAUCGACAUAUACGGGAUGUACGACAGCGACUGGGCUAACUAUAUAGAUACAGUAAGGUCGACCUAUAGAUAGAUCUUUAAGAUUAAUAGAGGACUAGUAUUAUAGAGUUCUAAACGGUAGAAGACAGUUGCUCUAUUAAGCUAUAAAGCCGAAUAUAUAGUAGCGACUAAAGCUAUAAAAGAAGCAAUCUAGUUGCGCGGAGUAGUAUACGAGAUAGGUAUCUCUAACUUCUCCCUAUAAAAACUAAUAACAAUCUUUAUCGAUAAUAACGUAGUAUUAAAGCUGUCGAAGAAUCCCGAAUUCUACGUACGAACCAAGCAUAUUGCUUUAAGACAUUACUUUAUACGAGAACACGUUAAGGAUAGGACUAUCGAAAUGAAAAGAAUCGACACUCGUCUUAAUAUAGUAGACAUCCUUACUAAAGGACUACUAAGACUAAGACACCUAGAGUUAUUAGAACUUAUAGGGCUAAAGAAAAACCUAGAGGACAUCGAAACUCUCAGGUAGGGGGAGUGUUAAACAAAGGGAACCUGAGAACCGAGAAGGUAGUAGCGAGGUGGCUUACGGAGUUACCGACUCAAAGGAAGGUAACCGGAUUCGGAUGUCAAUGGACUUACUAUUGUCAAGGCAGCUAUAAGUAUACCUUAGGCAGCCUAGGUUUAGAGGAAAUUAACCCUUCUACAUACUUACUUUUCAGUGGCAUAACAUUCAAGACUUCGGUGGGUUUGAUGGCCGCACGCGCAUGGCUGGCAUCGAUACGAAGGCCUGUCCGGUCUAUAUGUUGACGGGGGAGUAUGACUGGAGCAACACGCCGGAGAUGGCGCAGAAGACGUGCGAUAAGAUUCCCGGCGGAAAGCACCAGGCCAUGAAGGGCUUGGGACAUUUCCCUGCCACGGAGAAUCCAAAGGUCUUUGUGGGUUACGGUAAGUCGUCCUGAAAAGCUUUGGGUCGGGGUGGGUUUUGAGAAGCUGACUCUGUCCUUUUUGUAGUGCUGGAGGCGAUUGACCAUAUCCAGAAGACGAGAGCUUGA